AAAAAUAUGAAACAACUGGAUCUAUCGCAGCCGUGUUAGAUAUUUGCUAGGUAUGCAGUAUUUGCUACCAAUACUGAUUAUAAUCAACUGUCUGAUUAUACAAGUCGAUCUUAUCACAACAGAACCUUCAACAAAGAAUAUGACAUCAUGUCAACAGCUACGAUUGUCAUCAAUACAUUUCUCUUUUUAUGUUCCCGAAUGUACAAACACUGGUGAAUAUGAAAAACGACAGUGUGAAGGAAGAAUAGGAUAUAGAAAAUGUUGGUGUGUUGAUUCAAAUGGAAGACAAAUACUAGGAUCACAAAUGAUGGGACCUGAAGUGCCAGAUUGUGAUGGAGGUUUUCUAUCAUGGAGUCUUAAAUCAAAUCCAAACAUAUUCGGUAAAAGUUUUGAUUUGACUUGUUCUCUGUCUGCCACUAUGAGUAAUGAUAACAGCUCAUCAAAAUUAGAUGGUAGCAUUGUCAUUAAUGUCUUAGACGGUGAACCUGUAAACGAUAUAAAUCAAUUAAGAGAGCGGCAUACAUUUCAGCGAACGUAUAAAUUAACCACUUCUGUGUACGAUAACGAUGGAGUCAACGUCCAGUACGAGUGUGGCCAUGGUAACACAAGAUAUGGGCAUUUAUUGAAUAUGACAAUUGAAUCAUUUAAAUAUACUGACAAUACCAGCAAUUUCCACAAGUUAGUCAACAAUGAAGAAGAUCUGUUUUCGAUAACAUUUAGAGAUUAUACACAUGUUCCAAAUUGUACAGUGGUUUAUGGGCAAUCAGACCGUUCAAAACAACUAAAUUCAACAUCCGAUUCAACAAGUCAAACUUACAGAAUAUAUCGUCCAGUAAUAGUUAUCAAAUCAGAGUGCCCGAAAGCGCUGAAAGUCACGUGUGAUAUAGGAGAAAGAAGAAUAGUAAACAAUCUACGACUAGUUAAUGUGGAUUGUCACAAGUAUGCAUUAAAACACACUCAAGAACCAUCAACAACGAAGAUGACAGCCUGUCAAAAGCUACGAUCAGCAACGAAAACUUUCUCUUCCGAUUUCUAUGUUCCAGAGUGUACGAUAACUGGUGAAUAUGAAAAACGACAGUGUGAAGGAAAAGUCGGGUCUAAACUGUGUUGGUGUGUUGAUCCAAAGGGAAGAGAAAUACAAAGUUCCCAAAUGAUGGAACCUGAAGUUCCAGAUUGUGAUGCAGGAACAAAUUUAAAGCCUUGUAUUUUUGAGCUAUUAAAGAUCAGCAGCAGUUUAUUAGGAGCACCUAAACCACACUGUACAGAUGAUGGUGAAUACGAAGAAAUUCAGUGUCACGUUCAAGCAUGUUGGUGUGUUGACAAAAAUGGAAUUGAAAGAAUGGGAACACGAGUAUCCACGACAAACUGGCAGAAAUCACUGGAUUGUGAAAGUUUACCAUCAUGGAGUUUUUCUUCAAAUCCAAAACUUUUCGGCAAAAUUUUUAAUCUGACUUGUUCAAUAUCUUCCACGGGGAGACACGAGAACAGCCAAUCAAACAUAGAUGGUAGCAUUGUCAUUAAUGUCUUAGACGGUGAACCUGUAAACGAUAAAAAUCAAUUAGGAGAGCGGCAUACAUUUCACCGCAUGUAUACAUUAACAACUUCUGUUUACAAUAACGAUGGAAACAAUGUCCAGUACGAGUGUGGCCAUGGUAACACAAGAUAUGGGCAUUUAUUGAAUAUGACAAUUGAAUCAUAUGAGUAUAUCGACAAUGUCCACCAGUUACUCAACCAUGAAGACGAUCUGUUUUCGAUUACAUUUAAAAACUUUACACAGAUUCCACAGUGUUCAGUGGUUUAUGGGCAAGCAGACUAUUCAAAAGAACUUCAAUCAACAUCUGAUUCACGGAAUCAAACUUACAGAAUAUAUCUUCUCGGAACAGCCAUCAAAUUUAAGUGUUUGCAGACACUGAUAGUUACGUGUAAUAUAGGAGAGAGAAGUAUAGUCAACACCCUGAAACCAGAUAAUGCGGAUUGUCUGCAUUCCAUAUUAAAACAAACGCAAGGUUGACGUUUCCCUAGCUGAUGUAACAAAUACCAGCACACAGAGCUAUCAUAGGAUUAUAAGUCAAACAUAAACUCAAAG